AUGUUCUCAUCCCUCUUCCUCCUCCUCCCUCUCCUCGCCCCGGCCCUCGCCAUGCCGGUCGAGGUCGAGCUCGAGCAGCGCAACAACUCUGACUCGUCGGGAGGCUCGGGAGGCUCGGGUCAGAGCCUCAAGGACUUCAUCGCAGAGCUGUACGCCCAAGUCAACCCCAACGACCGUAACACCCUCCUUGGAAAUGGGUUUGUUUUCGAUUUCCUCGCCGCCCAGAGUUUCGGUGGCGGUGGUCGCGAUGGAGGUGUGAUUCUUGCCGACAACACCCUGUUCCCUGGCGUUGUGGGCAACGGACUGAGUUGGCUAGUUGGGUUCCUUGGACCUUGCGGAAUGGUCGCACCUCACAACCACCCCCGCGCGUCCGAGUAUCUCUUCAACAUCGCCGGCCCUCCCCUUGCUGCCACCUCGUUCCAGGAGAACGGCAGCCCAAUCUUCAGCGGCCAAGUCGCUGCUGGUGAUGUCAUCGUCCUGCCUCAGGGUAGUGUACACUUUGUCUCCAACACGGGGUGUGACCCGGUCUUCAUUACUGCAGGAUUCAACUCCGAGACUCCCGGCGUAGGCUUCCUCUCGUCCAUGUACACAAGCAUGGACCCGCAGACGAUCAACGCCGCCUUUGGACAGGAGGGCACGGUCUUUGACGCCAACAAGAUCCCCGGUGCCGUCAACCUCGGCCAAGCAGAGUGUCUCUCCAAGUGCGGAAUCAACCCCGACACGUUCAACAUUAAUGGCAAGAUCAGUAACAAGGACCUGAUGAAGCAGGCGUUUGCGGGGUUCCUCAAGGCCGAGGGAUUCGACUUUGAUUCCUACAACUCGUCCAUGUACCAGCAGUACAACUAG